GAUAGAAGAAGCAAACCAUUCACAAUCAGACAAUGACAUCUCUCCAUACGUUACUCUUCACUUCUCUUCUUUUCUUCAUCGUCUUCCCAGCCUUCACGUUUUCCUCCACCUUAUUGUUUCAGAGUUUCAAUUGGGAAUCAUGGAAGAAAGAUGGAGGAUUCUACAAUUCUCUCCACAACUCCAUCGACGACAUAGCCAACGCUGGAGUCACUCAUCUUUGGCUUCCUCCUCCUUCUCAAUCCGUUGCUCCUGAAGGUUACUUACCGGGAAAGCUAUACGAUCUAAACAGCUCCAAAUACGGUUCUGAAGCUGAACUGAAAUCGUUAAUCAAAGCGUUGAACCAAAAAGGAAUAAAAUCAUUGGCUGAUAUAGUGAUUAACCACAGAACAGCUGAGAGGAAAGACGAUAAAUGCGGGUACUGUUACUUCGAAGGUGGGACUUCCGAUGAUCGUCUUGAUUGGGAUCCUUCCUUCGUCUGCCGCAAUGACCCUAAGUUUCCCGGUACCGGAAACCUCGACACCGGAGGAGAUUUUGAUGGAGCGCCUGACAUCGACCACCUUAACCCUAGAGUUCAGAAAGAGUUGUCGGAAUGGAUGAAUUGGCUUAAAUCUGAAAUAGGAUUCCAUGGUUGGAGAUUUGAUUAUGUUCGAGGUUAUGCAUCUUCCGUCACCAAACUAUAUGUUCAGAAUACUUCACCGGAUUUUGCGGUGGGUGAGAACUGGAACGAUAUGAAGUAUGGAGGAGACGGGAAACUAGACUAUGAUCAAAACGAGCAUCGGUCGGGUCUCAAACAGUGGAUCGAGGAAGCGGGUGGUGGUGUGUUGACAGCUUUUGAUUUCACCACUAAAGGGAUCUUACAGUCUGCUGUUAAAGGUGAGCUUUGGAGACUAAAGGACUCGCAGGGAAAACCGCCUGGUCUGAUCGGAAUCAAUCCCGGAAACGCGGUCACUUUCAUAGACAACCAUGACACUUUCAGAACGUGGACUUUCCCUUCUGAUAAAGUCUUGCUUGGAUACGUUUAUAUUCUCACUCAUCCGGGAAUUCCUUGCAUUUUUUAUAAUCAUUACAUAGAAUGGGGACUAAAAGAGAGCAUCUCCAAGCUGGUGGCGAUCAGGAACAAAAAUGGCAUUGGUAACACAAGCUCUGUUACGAUCAAAGUGGCGGAGUCGGAUCUCUACGUGGCUAAUAUUGAUGAUAAAGUUAUCAUGAAGAUUGGACCAAAACAGGAUGUGGGAACACUUGUUCCUUCUAAUUUUGCGUUAGCUUAUUCAGGCCUUGACUUUGCUGUCUGGGAGAAGAAGUAACGCAUAACUCAAAUCAUAAGAAACGUAAUCGAAUGUAUCUUUUUCCUUUUUAAAAAAUAUCUUGGCCGUAUCUAAAGAUACUACGUAUAAUUCUAGUAAAA